AUGAGAAGGGUCAAAACAGAAUAGAGUACACUUAUUGAACUUAUCAAAAAGAAAGAACCUUAAACUAUUUAACUCUAAUAGAAACCAAAAAAUAGAAAAAUAAGCUAAUUGGGAUAUUUCAAUUCUCUUAAUGUUUCUAAUGCUAAAGUUAAAUUAAGUAUCUUAAUGAGAGAUAUUUUAAUCCCUACUCAAAGUGGUGAUAAAAAUUUAUAAUAUAAAAUAAAAAAUAAAAAUAGAUCAAUUAUUGCUGAGGACAAAAAACCUAUUCGUAACAAUAAUAAGCCUUCAAGAUUUAUAGAUAUUUAAGAAAAUUAAAUAUUUAAAAAGUAAUACUAUACUAAUCCAAAAUAAGUAUUUGAGAAUAUCACUUUACGAAAUAAUAUAUCUAAUUAAAGAGCAAAUGUUCAAAAAAUUAAAAAGAACUUGAAAUUAUAAUAAUAAACAUUUGAAUAAUAAUAAAUAAUACAUGAUUUAAUUGUUUUACCUCCAGUUAUAAAUCCAGAAUAAUAAAGUAAAAGUGUAGCCUAUAUCAAAUCAGUGAGAUAAUAUGAAAAAUAAGAGUAACUCUAUCAUAUUGAAGGUUCACUAGAAAAAACAAUUGAAGAUUUUAAUGUAUAUAUACUAUUAAUUAGAGAUUCGAAUGUUUGGUAGUAGAACUGUAAAGAAAUUAAUAAAUUCUGUGAAACCAUGGGUUAAUUAAUUAUAAUAGAAAAAAUAAUCAAAAUAUAAAAGAAUUAGAUUAGAAAUGGUGUAAUUAUUGACUCAUAUACAUAAAUUAAAAUUAACACUAGAAGAAUUUUCAAAAGGAGAUGUAUUUCCAAAGGUUCCUUAUUAAAGCCAAAAAAGUGAAAAAUUCUUUUCUUUUUGUAAAAUGAAUAAGGGUGAUUAAAUUUAAUAGCUCUUAGAAUUAGAAAAAUAUCUCGUUUAUGAAUAUGAUCCUUCUUUUAUGACAGCACUUCAUUGGUGUUGUGUAAGAAAUUGUAAAACUGCAGCUUUAAUACUUCUAAAAAAUGGUGCAGAUCCUGAUGCAUAGGAUAUGAUAGGUAGAACUCCUUUAUUUCUUGCACUUUUACAUAAUAAUAAUGACAUAGCUUAGUUACUAUUGUAUCACAAAGCAGAUCCUUGGAACAAAGGAAUUUUGGAUUAUAAUGAAGCAAUUACUAAUAAUUUUGAAGGCAAAACAAUUUUAUAGUAAGCAAGAAGAGUAAUUUUAUUCAAUUGAAUUAAUAGACUCAUAUCCUAUUGAGAAUGACUCCUCCUGCAGAAAGAUAAUUUAUUUGGCAAUCAAAAUAAUUUUUGAUGUUAUGUGAAUGA